GCCACCUAUUUCGAGUGAUUCGAUCGAUUAUCAACCUCUCCGAAGUGGGUGUAUUUGGUGCCCCAAAAAAGAGUAAAAUUUCUUAAAAUCGGCUAAAAAAUCAGCAUGGAAACAUUUUAGACAACGAAAAUUAACACUCGUGACUGCUCCGAACAACCGAUCGAAAUUUCUUUAAAAUGGCAGGAAUGCCAGCUGCAGAUCCGUGGGUCAUCGUGCCCAAGGAACGAGAACGAUUUGAAAUGCAGUUCCAAGGACUGAAGCCCAUCAACGGCCACAUUACUGGCGACCAAGCUAAGGGAUUUCUCCUCCAGUCCCAACUCCCACCGCCGGUUCUCGGCCAGAUAUGGGGACUGGCUGACCGAGAUGCCGACGGUCGAAUGGACAUCAAGGAAUUCAGCAUUGCCUGCAAGUUGAUCAUGCUCAAGCUGCGAGGCAUUGAGGUGCCCAAAGUACUUCCCUCCUCUCUACUGGCCUCUCUGGUGUCACCAGCCACCUCCGUUGGCACUCCACCCAUGGCUGCAGGGACCCCACCUAUGGUUCCGCCACCGCCAAAAGUUGCGAACACCCCUCCAGCUAUUAUCCCCAUGUCUGUGGUUCCUCCGAUGGCUGCUCCGGUCGUGCCGCAAAUGUCUCACGCUCCUCCUGCUGUUCCACCGGCACCUUACAUUGCUCACCAAGCUGCAGUUCCUCUGCCCGGCAUGGUGCCCCAGCAGAUGAUGCAGCCGCAGAUGAUGCCCAUGGUGGCCCAGCAAACGCCCAUGGGGAUGACAAUGGUGCCCCAGGUUCCCAACCAGCAGAUGAUGCAGAUGGGCGCCCAGGUGGUGCCUCCGCAGGUGGUGCCCAUGGUGGCCCACCCAACUGUUCUGCCCUCACAGCCCAGUUUAGGGACGCCGCCCCUCAUGUCUCCCCCGAUCGCUGAAGUUGUUCCUCCUGUUGUCCCGAUGGCCCCACCUGCAGUUCCCCCGCCCCCAGACGUGGUCAAGCAGCGCUCGGGAUCAGUGGCGAGCACUGACCUGAAUUCACCUCUAGACUGGUCAGUACCGCACCAGUCGAAGCUGCGCUACACCCAGGUCUUUAAUUCCAACGAUAGAACCAGGUGCGGACACCUGACUGGCGCCCAAGCCAGGAAUAUUCUCAUCCAGUGGCGUCUCCCGCAGGCAACUUUGGCUCAGAUUUGGUCUCUCUCUGAUUUGGAUGCUGAUGGACGUCUCUCUUGUGACGAAUUUGUGCUCGCUAUGCAUCUUUGUGAGAUUUCCAGCAAGGGAGAGAAAAUUCCCACUGCUCUGCCGCCAGAUUUGAUUCCUCCCUCGUUCAGGAGAGGUCGCGUAGGAAGCAUCAAGACCGUUAGUGGAACUACCACUCCGACUGGAAUUCAGUCGGGACCUGCAAGUGUUGACGGGGACCUGGGCAGCCCCACCAGCCAAUCUUCCUUUGAGGACAAGAGAAAGAAGAAUUACGAGAAGGGACAGGCAGAGUUGGAAAGACGCCGACGGGCGCUGCUGGAAAUCCAGAAAAAGGAGCAGGAGGAACGCGAAAGAAAGGAGAGGGAAGAUUAUGAAAAGAAGGAAAAGCUUAGGUUGGAGCAAGAGAGAAAGAGGCAGGAGGAAAUAGAGCAGCAGUUGAUGAUGCAAAAGGAAAUGGAGGAGAAGCAAGAGGAGGAACGCAUGAGAGCUCAGGAGCAGAAAGAAGCAGCUAGGAAGGAAAUGGAAAGACAGAGGCAGCUGGAGUGGGAGAAACAGAGGAGCCAAGAGUUGCAGCAACAGAGACAGAAAGAGCAGGAAAGGGUUUUGCAGCUGAAGGCUCAAAACCAGAACUUGGGAAUCGAGUUGUCUCAAAGAAGUGAAAAGGUUAAGGAGCUGUCACAGAAGAUCUCCGAGACAAGGGCUGCAGUUUCCGCAGUCAAGACAACGAUCGAUGGAAUGAGAGCCACCAGAGAUGAGCAAAUGACAGAAAUGAGCACUUUGAAGGCUAAAUUGAGAGAGCAAAACAAUCGAUUGGUGAUGCUGUCUCAAGAAAAGGCCCGCAUGGACGCCAGAAACAGGGCCAACUCGGCAGUGGACGGAGCUGAUGUAAACCACGCUGUAAACAGCAAGCAGGUUGUCUUGAAACAAAUGCAAGAUAAGCUGAAUGAGCAAAAUAAGGAGAAUGAUCAAAAGAAGCAGGAUAUUAAGAAUAACAACGCUGUCUUGUCCGAACUCAGGAAAACUCUCAAGAGUUUGAUUGACAAUUGUGAGGCCAAAUACCCCGCAUUUGAGGACAAGAGGCAGAAGGUUUGCAUAAUGAAGAAUCGAGUGGUGGAUGACUACAAUGCCCAGUGGGGUGACACGGGCUCAACAAACUGGGGUGCCCAAGAGCAAAACCAAAACACCUGGAACACCGAUUCUUCGUGGUCAUCAGCACCUGCUGCAGCUCCUCAACCCGAAGCAACUCCUGUUGAAGCUGUUCCUGGCAUGACAAGAUACAGAGCUCUCUUUGAGUUUGUUGCCCGAAAUGGCGAUGAAUUGUCCUUCCAGCCAGGCGAUGUCAUUCUGGUUCCCGAUGACCACAAUGCCGAACCUGGUUGGUAUGCGGGCAAACUUCGAGACGCCACUGGCUGGUUCCCCGAAUCUUAUGUCGAAAGGAUAGACAUGGAGGUGGUCUCGAAUGGCAAUGUGGCUGCUGUCGAGACCGAGGAAAGAAAGCCACUUGAGGGAAUCGCAGAGGUGCCUGAAACGACCAGUGACAACGGCUCUUUGUCCGACAGUGGACCUGUUGUUGCCGAUUUGGCUUCGACUCCAAUUCUCGGCACUGGUCAGACCAUGCCGAACGUUUUUGCUCGCACGCUUUACUCCUUCAAGGGCAAGAGGGCAAGCUACCUGUCUUUCAGCAAAGGAGAAAUCAUCACAGUGCAUGAGCAGCAGGACCAGUGGAGCUACGGAGAGCUCGGGGGCCUGCAGGGUUGGUUCCCCAACACAUAUGUCAAAAUCGAAGAUGCUGUCAAAACUGAAUCUGCCGAAGGAGAAUAUUACAUGGCCAUGUAUCCGUAUCAAUCAGCAGAGCAAGGAGAUCUCAGCUUCAACCAGGGUGAGGUCAUUUUUGUUUCCAAAAAGGACGGAGAGUGGUGGACGGGAACAAUUGCUGGGGAAAGAACGGGCCUUUUCCCUGCCAGCUACGUCUCCAAAAUCGAAACUCAGGAAGCGCCAGAGAACAAUGCUGUCGAUAUCAACGCCGCCGUGGCUGCGGUUGCAGCCUCGCAGGAGACGCAGGCGGAGAAAUCAGCCCUGCACGAUGAGGUCACGCAGAUCACAGAGCAGCAAAACUUCAAGGCCAAAACCGAGUCCGUCACCACGCCCGACUCGCUCACCUCCAAGUCGCCUUUGCCUCAGGGCAAAGGCAAGAAGCCUGAGAUUGCCCAGGUCUUGGCGCCAUACAAGGCAACAAGCACUGAGCAGCUGAGUUUGAACCGAGGCCAGUUGGUGAUGGUCCGUAAGAAGACAUCGACCGGCUGGUGGGAGGGCGAGCUUCAGGCCAAGGGAAAGAAGCGCCAGGUGGGCUGGUUCCCAGCCUCCUAUGUCAAACUGCUCGUGUCCUCGGGCACGGCUAGUGGCCGCACCACCCCUACGGCCAGAUUCAGGGACACUCCUAGCCCCAUGCCGGGAAAAGAUCGUGUAAUUGCCAUGUAUUCGUAUGUGGCUCAAAACUCUGACGAACUGAGCUUCGAUAAGGAUGAGGUGAUCACCGUCACUUCUCGAGACGAUCCCUCAUGGUGGAAGGGCGAACUUCAGGGUCAGGUCGGCCUCUUCCCAAGCAACUACGUCUCGGCCAUCCCCACAGAUAACUCCGAGAUGAGCGCCAUAGAACGAGCCAGGCAAGGAUACAUCACCGAGCUGAUCGAGACUGAGCAAACCUACAUCAACGACAUGACCAUCGUCCACGAGGCAUUUGAGAAGCCUUUGUUGGAGUCUCAAGUCAUCAGCAAGGAGGACGUGGAGAAAAUUUUUGUUAACUGGAUGGACAUUCUUCAGUGCAAUUAUGUCUUCCUAAGUGCCCUGAAAGUGAGGAGGGACAUGAGUGUUCGAGGCGAAAUUCGGAUGAUUGGAGAUAUUUUGUGUGAAAAUCUGCCACGAAUGGCCGCCUACGCGAGGUUCUUCAGUUGCCAGUUGCGAGCGGCUGACCUGCUGCAGUACCACACUGAAAACACUCCAGAGUUUAAGUCCUUUGUGCGGCAGUGUGAGAUGAACUCUGUGGCUAAAGGGUUGCCUCUCAGCUCCUUCCUCAUCAAGCCCAUGCAGAGAAUCACAAAGUACCCUCUCAUCAUAAAAAAGAUUCUGGAAAACACUCCUGAUGAUCAUCCUGAUUACCAAAACCUGCAAGACGCACUUGCAAAUGCUGAGGAGUUUUGCGUCCUGGUCAACGAAGGUGUCCGAGAACGGGAAGACUCGGACAGACUCGAGUGGCUUCAAAAACACAUUCAGUGUGACCAUUUGGAGGAACCCCUCACUUUCAACUCCCUCACAAAUCUACUUGGGCCAAGACGAUUUGUGCAUCAUGGUGUUUUAAAAAAAGUCAAUAGUGGUCGAGAGCUGGUUGGCUUUUUGCUGAAUGAUUUCCUGCUUUUGGCCAGUCCGACAAAGCCGCUCAAAAGUUUAACUUUCUCUUUUGAGCGGUACAAAGGCAAUAUGCUGAAAAUAUACAAAAAGCCGUUCUUUUUGAACGAAAUAAAAUUCAGUGCUGGAAACGAAAUUGAAGAGCUGGUGCUGCAGGACGACAGCCGCAGCUACCUGCUGCACACCCCUACCUCGUCCGAGCGGAGCCUGUGGCUGCGAAAUUUGACAGAGGCCAAGAAGGCUUUCCUCGAGAAGGAGAGCUCCUUUUUGUUGAGACAGCAGUCAAUUCGGCAGCGCCCUCCUAAGGGUUCUCUCACAGUAAAGCACCUUUCUGGAGAGCACAUUCAAAGUACAAAUAAAACGGUCACAGGCAAGUGUGAAAUCUUCAGUGAAGUGAGCAUGGGAUCUCAGGAGAAGCGGACGCCCCUUGCCAACGGGCCCAACCCGAGGUGGAACGCAUCAAUGCAGUUUUUGGUCAAGGACCUCAACGAAGACACGCUCUGCUUCACCGUGUUCAGCAAAGGCCAUUUUGCACCAAAUGAAUUCCUUGGGCGCGCCGAAAUCCGCAUCAAAGAUAUCCCCUUCAACGCAGCGACGGCCUCGACAGGCCCAUUCAACACGACCCUUAGUUUGAGAGAAGUCAAGUCAGGCAGCCUAACUGCCAAACUGGAUCUCAGGCUGUUCGACACGCCAAACAUUCCAAACCACCGACAGAGGCUUAUUUGAUUGAUAUUGAGUAUCGUUGAGAAGAAAAAAUCAUCUGGCAGGAAAAGAAACUUUAAUUGUUAAGUUUAAACCUAUUAGAACUAUUUCCGCUCUUUUGAGCUUCAAUGUUAACAAGAUAGCUUUGUAUUUAUUUGCAGAGAGAGAACGGUGACUUUAGACUUAUACUAAUCAUGUUAAGGAUUUUAUUCUAUUUUUGCUUUUUUACCAAGCUGCUUAUUCAUUUAAUUGUACUGGAAGUUAUCCCAAACUUCUUUGCAUCACAAUUUUUUUUACAAAUUUGUUUAAACGAAAUGUAUUAAUUUAAUUUUGUAACAUUCCAGUGUAUUUUUGGUACCACCUUGAAUAAAUUUUAUUAUAAUUCAAUACUUAAAAAAAAAUGCCUUAAAAAUAUGGAUAAAAAUU